ACAUCCCACCGUGACCAGUUCAGUCCGCUCAGAAACAGCACAGCAGUAGAAGAUUGAGGAACCGGGUCAUGAUAGUACAGCCAGGAUGAGCUCCUCAGAAGACAUUAUAAUGGCGAUUCCCAGAGAACUCACACAAAACCCGCUGCGAAAGAUAUGGAUGCCCUGCAAGAACGGGCUACCGGAAAAACACAUUUCUCAAAAGAGAGUUUGCAUGACCAACUGUCCCACUCUCAUUGUGACGGUUGGCUUGCCAGCAAGAGGAAAAACCUACAUUUCGAAAAAACUCACACGCUACCUCAACUGGAUUGGUGUACCAACACACGAAUUCAAUGUCGGACAGUAUCGGAGAGAAUGUGUGAAGAUCUACAAGAACUUUGAAUUCUUUCGCCCUGAUAAUGAGGAAGGGCUGAAGAUAAGAAAGCAGUGUGCUUCAGCAGCACUUAAUGACGUCAGACAGUACCUCAGCGUUGAGGGAGGCCAAGUUGCUGUGUUUGACGCUACGAACACAACCAGAGAACGGAGGAACAUCAUCAUGAAAUUUGCGGAUCAAAAUGGCUAUAAGGUGUUUUUUGUGGAGUCUGUGUGUGAAGACCCCAAGGUUAUUGCAGAAAACAUUGUGCAGGUGAAGUUGGGUAGUCCUGACUACACCGACCGAAACACCGAAGAGGCCAUCCAGGACUUCAUGAAGAGGAUCAAAUGCUACGAGAGCAGUUACCAACCCCUGGAUGAAAACCUCGACAGGGAAUUAUCCUAUAUUAAGAUCAUGGACGUGGGUCAGCGGUAUUUGGUGAACCGUGUACUCGAUCACAUCCAGAGCAGAAUCGUUUAUUAUCUGAUGAACAUCCACAUCACGCCACGCUCCAUCUACCUCUGUCGACACGGAGAGAGCGACCUUAAUGUCCGAGGACGCAUUGGGGGCGAUUCCGGCCUGUCACACCGUGGUAAAGAGUUUGCUCACUCUCUGGGGAGGUUUAUUCAGGAUCAGAAUAUAAAGGAUCUGAAGGUGUGGACGAGUCAGAUGAAGCGGACCAUUCAGACGGCCGAGUCGCUGGGUGUACCGUAUGAACAGUGGAAAGCCCUCAAUGAGAUUGAUGCUGGUGUGUGUGAGGAGAUGAUGUAUGAGGAGAUCCAGGAGCAUUUCCCUCAAGAGUUUGCCCUCAGAGACCAGGACAAAUAUCGCUACCGCUACCCUAAAGGAGAGUCUUAUGAGGAUCUGGUCCAGCGAUUGGAGCCUGUCAUCAUGGAGCUUGAACGGCAGGAGAAUGUUCUGGUUAUCUGUCACCAGGCUGUCAUGCGCUGCCUGCUGGCUUACUUCCUGGACAAGAGUGCAGACGAGCUGCCGUACCUGAAGUGCCCACUGCACACAGUGCUGAAGCUCACUCCUGUGGCCUAUGGUUGUAAAGUGGAGUCCAUUUAUCUCAAUGUAGAGGCAGUGAACACACACAGAGACAAACCUGAGAAUGUGAACAUCUCUCGUCUGCCAGAAGAGGCUCUUCUCACUGUUCCAGCCCACUACUGAACUACGACAUCACUUCCUGUUCAUCAGCAACACUCCAUCAGGCUAUUCCAUCCUUUUUACGUCACUCCUUGUGUUUUAUUAUAUAUUUUUUCGGAAGCACUGGGCAGAAAGUCAGUUAUGAGUCCUGAAGACGAGCCUCAUAUCUUUGUAUUUUCUCUCUUCUUAAUUGCCACAUAGGUGACUGGAAUCCAGUUAUUGAAUAAUAACCCUAGUGUCGGGGUGCGAGUGGGUCCGCGCUUGCAUUUGAGGCUGGCGUACAGCAGAUUUGAAGUUUCUUUCUGUAAUUUUCUACUUAAGAUUUUGGCUGGAACUGUUAUCGUUUUGUUUUGUAUUGUAUGUGUUGGACUAAAUGAUUCAUGUGUGUGUGUGUGUGUGUUUUCCAUGAUUGUUUAAUGUUGUUUUUUCCUUACUUGAUUUACUUUCUGGCUUCGCAUUACCUUGAGCAAUAUUUUACAUCUCAAUCAUUCACACACUCCUGGAUAAAUGAACUGAAGUGAUUUGGCUGUCAUCUAACACUAAACGCUGUUCAUAAAAGGAUUCACAGCGCACAUGGACUUGGUUCAGUGUUCAAAGCACCUGAAUGUUGCAGCUUCUACCAGAAUGGCAAAGUGUGUGUGUUUUAAAAAAGAAAAAAGGUCAAAAAUGUAGCAAGGACUUUUCAAAUAUUACCUCUGUUACGUUUCCUGCAAAAGCCAAAUACAAUGUUUACAUUUUUGAAGCCACAUACUAUUGAAGCUAAUAGUAGGCUGAUUUUGUUUUUUGCACAUUUUCAAGCAUACUUAUACUUUUCUAACUUUAUUUGUUUUGGGGGAAACAGCAGAAAUCACUUUCCUAAAUCGCAACUAUAUAUUUGAAAUCCAUUAGUGCUUAAAAUUUAUAUAUUUGUUUUAUUUACGGUCUAUAUUGUUUAUGAAGAGAAAGUGAGUGACUUUUUUUUUCAACCUCAGUUAUUUUCAUGUUAUUACUUCAGCUGAAAACUGAAUGUGAAGAGCUCUGUGAAUCAGAUUUGAUCAAUGACAAUGUUAAUGCGUUUGAAGCUCAUGGUUCUUGAUUUUGACGCACAAUGUCACAUAUUUCUGGAAGUACUGUCAUUAAACCAGUCUGUCAUCUCA